UGUGGCUUUAAUUUAUUAUACUUAAUUUAGUUCCCCCUCCUUCGUUUCUUCAUGCUUAAGUUCUUGUACACAACUAUUUUUUGUGGCGUUUACCUGUGUCCGAUUAUCAGCCAUGGCAAAGGAAAAGAGUUUAGCCAGCAUGAAAUGGCGAAGUACAGAGAAAGAAUAAAGUCAAUGUUCUAUCAUGCUUACAACAAUUAUUUGGACAAUGCAUAUCCAUACGAUGAGCUGCGACCUCUGACCUGUGAUGGCCAAGACACCUGGGGCAGCUUCUCUUUGACACUGAUCGAUGCUUUGGACACACUGCUGAUUUUAGGGAACCACACUGAGUUCCAACGUGUGGCCUCUUUGCUUCAAGACACUAUAGACUUUGAUAUUGAUGUCAAUGCAUCUGUAUUUGAGACCAACAUUCGCGUGGUUGGUGGACUCCUCUCAGCCCAUCUGUUCUCUAAGCGGGCGGGGAUGGAUGUGGAGGAGGGCUGGCCGUGUUCUGGUCCCCUGCUCCGCAUGGCUGAGUACGCUGCACGCAAACUCCUGCCAGCUUUCCAGACCCCCACAGGAAUGCCAUAUGGUACAGUGAACCUACUGAGGGGAGUCAACCCCACCGAAACCUCCGUCACCUGCACGGCCGGAGUGGGCACCUUCAUCCUCGAGUUCUCCACCCUCAGCAGGCUGACGGGGGAUCCGGUGUUUGAGGACGUAGCACGGAGAGCACUGAGAGCUCUGUGGAGGACCCGCUCAGACAUUGGACUGGUGGGUAAUCAUAUAGAUGUGCUGAACUCUAAGUGGGUGGCUCAAGACGCAGGCAUCGGUGCAGGUGUGGACUCUUACUUUGAAUAUCUGGUCAAGGGCGCCAUCAUGCUGCAAGAUGAGGAACUAAUGUUAAUGUUCAAAGAAUAUGAUAAGGCCAUUCAGAACUACACUAAGUUUGAUGACUGGUAUCUGUGGGUACAGAUGCAUAAGGGCACGGUGUCUAUGCCUGUGUUUCAGUCUCUGGAGGCCUUCUGGCCUGGACUACAGAGUUUGAUUGGUGACAUUAACAGUGCUACAAGGACCUUCCAUAACUACUACACAGUGUGGCGGCAGUUUGGUGGCCUGCCAGAGUUUUACAGCAUUCCUCAGGGUUACACAGUGGACAAGAGGGAGGGCUACCCUCUCCGUCCAGAACUGAUUGAGAGUGCCAUGUACUUGUACCAAGCGACUGGUGACCCCACAUUCCUGCAGUUAGGUCUUGACGCUGUUGAAUCUAUUGAAAAAAUCAGCAAAGUGAACUGCGGUUUUGCUAGCGUGAAGGACAUCAGGGACCACAAACUGGACAAUCGGAUGGAGUCCUUCUUCCUGGCCGAGACCAUUAAAUACCUCUACCUCCUGUUUGACCCAGACAACUUCAUGCACAACAGUGGGACAGAGUUUGAUCUGGGGGGUCCACAGGGUGACUGUGUGCUUGGGGCAGGAGGUUAUGUCUUCAACACGGAGGCCCAUCCUCUUGACCCCGCCGCCCUGCACUGCUGCAGCCACGCCCAGGAGGAGCGACGGGAACUACAGGACAUGCUCCUCAGCCUAUCAAAACAAUCUGGCCCAACCAGAGACCAAUCAGAGAAGGAGGCAUCAGGUGACAGGGACCUAUCUAGUUUAGGAGCUGCUGAAAGUAUCGUUCUCAAGCCCGGAGAGAGGAGGAAAGCACCAGUGCUCUCAUGUCCAGUUCAGCCUUUCAGAGCAAGACUCUCUGUCCUGGGUCAGGUUUUCUCUGACAACACUUGAAUACCACAGAUCCAUUUUUUUUCUAUCAUUGUGGUAUAAUUUAAUUGAAAGCAGAUUAAAGUUUUGU